AAACAAAAAUGCAGGCCGCCUAGUUUGCUCGGUAAGGAAAGCUGUGGCGUGUCGCCGGACUGUCCGAGUGUCUGCAGACAUGAGCACUUCUGAGUUCUCCUCUGGCUUCUACCAAGGAACAACCAAAACAUAUGAAAUUCCCCUCGAUCACCUGGACUAUAAAUUCAUCGAGAAAUGUACAGAUGUCCGACACCUUGAAAAGAUUCUGCGAGUUCUCAGAUCUGGGGAGGAAGGACACUACCCGGACCUGAUCGAGUUCUGUGAGAAGCGCAUUGAAGGUCUGUCUCCACAGAGCCGUGCUUUGAGAAAAGACAAACCACCAGCAACUGCUGCUGAUUUCUCCUUGGAGGAUUGGAACCAAAUUGAUAAUGACUUCAAGAAUUUUUUAACUGACAUCAAGCUUAAAGAAGAACAGAAAUCUGUCUUGGAGAAAACUAUGGACAACCUGCCCCCUAUUCGCAGUUUCUCCAGUGACCCCACACCUAAUGAGCCUAGCAAAAAAGAAAAUUGUGCAAGCAUCUGUAAAGUGCCCCGAGAUUACAGGGACUGGGACAGGUUUGAUAUUGAUAAAGAACUAUCAAACAUUGAUGAGGACACUGAGAAAACUGACCAGUCCAAGACAGUAAUAAACACAACUGCUGCAAAGAUAAAGAAAUCAAUAGACACAUCAGGUCUGAGCUUGGAGGAGAAGAACCUUCUAGCACAAAGAGAGAAGGAUAAGGGAAAUGAGGCCUUCAAAAGUGGAGACUAUGAGGAGGCCAUAUCUUAUUACAGCAGGAGCUUAUCUGUGUUGCCCUCCACAGCCGCCUAUAAUAAUCGAGCACAAGCUGAGAUUAAACUGAAGAACUGGCAGAAUGCAUUCAAUGACUGUGAGCAAGUGCUGAAUUUAGAGCCCAACAAUAUAAAAGCUCUUUUACGUCGUGCUACGGUCAACAAAAACCUUCAGAAUUAUCCGGCUGCCUUAGAUGAUUUGAAGAUGGUCUUGCAUCAGGAGCCAGACAAUCCUAUAGCUAAGAAGGUUCUGGGUGAAUUAGAAGAGCUGCUGCACAAAGAAAAAGAAGAAAAACCAAGGAGAGGCCACAGAGUAAUCAUUGAGGAUGUAGAGGGUUUGGAUGAGGAGGUCCAGGAGGAUCCAAACCCCAGCAAAGAAGCCGGUGUGACAGUGGGAGGAGAGACUGCAGGCGAGCAGACUGAAAUGGGGAAUGUUCAGAAAAAGUUUCCUAAGAGAGCCUUUGAAAAGAAGGAGGAGGCCGAUCAGACCCCCAAGCACAACAAGGCUAGCAAUCAGAAUGGAGUGAAGAACGACAGCGGCAAUCUACAGGCGAAGGAUCCGCCUGAAGGCAAGACGAAGCCUGGACAUGGCAGCACACAAGCCCCUACCACCGAGGUCACAUCCCGGACUGGCAGCCAGGGAGACAAGCUGUCAUCGGAGCUCCUUUCCCCAUCCGCAAGGCUGAAAGCCCAAGGCAACCAGCUCUUUAAGAAUGGCCAGUUUGGGGAGGCCGCCGUCAAAUACUCCGAGGCCAUUGAAAAUCUCAAGAACACAGGAGCUGAGGACGCCGAGGAGCUGGGAAUCCUGUACUCUAACAGAGCCGCCUGUCAGCUCAAGGAUGGGAACAGCUUACAGUGCAUUGAAGACUGCAACAAGGCCCUGGAACUCCAGCCAUUCUCCAUUAAGCCUCUGUUGAGAAGAGCAAUGGCCUACGAGUCCAUUGAGAGGUACAGACAGGCGUAUGUGGACUAUAAGGUGGCACUUCAGAUAGACAGUGGAACACAGUUGGCCAAUGACAGUAUCAACAGAAUUACCAAAACAUUAAUUGAUCUGGAUGGGCCCAACUGGAGAGAGAAACUGCCACCAAUUCCAUCAGUGCCUGUGUCCACGCAAAUUCACCUACAAGAGAAAAACAUGGCCGCUGGAAAGACGUCAAGGAACAGCGCACCAGAAAGGGACACUGAACAAUCGUCAGAGGAGAGAUUCCAGUCUCUGAAGCAGGAAGGAAAUGAUUAUGUGAAGAAGUGUCACUAUAGAGAAGCUGUGAAGAAAUACACAGAAUGUUUACAGAUAAAUCCAGAGGAAUGUACCAUAUACACCAACAGGGCCCUAUGCUAUCUGAAACUGUGCCAGUACGAAGAGGCCAGACAUGACUGUGACUGUGCCCUGCACAGGGACGCUUCUAAUAUCAAGGCUUUGUACAGGCGAGCUCAGGCCUACAAAGGAUUAGAGAAUUACCAAGCUUGUGAUAGUGAUCUCCAGAAAGUGAUCUCUCUAGAUCCUGGAGUCCAGGAAGCCAAUACUCUAUUAGCAGAGAUCACACCGUUUUUAUCAAAUUGCCUAAAAGCCAAUGGACAUGACAAACAGAGGAAGAAGAUCCUGAUUGAGGAGGUGAAUGAGAACGAAGACGUAUCCAAUCACUGCAGCCUUAAUGGACAUGGAAACAGCAUAAGGAGGGAACGGCCUCCCAUCACCAAGCCCAGCAAUUCCCAUGAGUUUGAACAGCUGAUGAGGGAGAUCAGAGAAGAGAAGGACCAGGAGAGCUGCGCUCAACUACUGUCCCUCAUAGAGCCAAAGGACUUGCCAACAUAUCUGAGCAACAAGCUGGAUGCAGAGACCCUUCUACUCAUUGCACAGUCUUUAAAACAUCAUGUCCUGGAGGAGAACCCUGCCCUAGUGUACCAGCACCUGUCUCACCUUAGCACAGCCGAUCGCUUUACGGUGGUCCUCUCCUUCCUCAGUCCGGCAGAGAAAGAUGAAGUUCACAGCCUCCUCACCCGUCUAGCAGAGAAACAUGGCGAAGAACUGGACCCCAAUGCCAUAUCAAGCCUGGCAGAGCAAUAUGGACUCUGAUCCUUAGACCAGCACACAAAUUCUAUGCACGGUUUGAUCGAUCUUAUCAUUAGGACGGAGAAUCUAUGCAAAUCUCAGUAUCAGAUGACUUGAGAACACAUUCAGCAUGACUGUUUAAAUGUUAUGUAACCUGUAACAUCUGUUUAUCCAUGGCCAGGUCACAUGCUGGGCAAUAGGGUGGCACAAACACAUCCACUAUGUCAUAUAAAUUGUCGAUCAGUACAGACAGCACCAUACCGAUCGUUGCUCCAAAUCUCCAGCUGCAAUAGUGACCAGUCUACAAACAUCGAUCAAGUGCAGAUAAACAUCUGCGGCCCCCAAACCUUGACACACACCGUGCUCAGUAACUUUAUUUUAAAACUUGAAAUGACAGAAUCAUAAUGUCUACUUUGACAGUUCUGUCCCUUCAAAUUUUGAGACGUGAUCACUAUUCUUCUUUCUUUUUGUGAGUGUUCGAUGGGGUAAAAUAUGGUUGGUUGUUGUGGGUUACAGCACAUGAACUUGAAGAUACUUACAUAUAUAUGUAUAUACAUAGGAUAGACCCAUGUAGACCCUAUUUUACUGUGUAUAUAGAAUAAAUGAUACAUCAUUUAA